AUGACUUAUUUUGGUAUUAAAUUGUUGGUGAAGGCAAUGGACCCCACUAACAGUGAUAAAAAAUCAGCAGAGAUAAAGGCCAGGGAAAUGUUAAAAAAACUGGGAGUAAAAAAUGUGAAAGAGUUAACAGCGUAUGAAUUGUGUAUGGCAGCUAACUUGGUAGAUCCUCUGUCUAUUGAUGUACAAUGGAAUAAUAUUGGUGGCUUAAGUGAUAUUAUACAAAAUAUACAAGAAACUGUUAUACUUCCAUUUAAUCGUCCAGAUUUAUUCCAAAAUUCAAGUUUAUUACAAGCACCUAAAGGUGUAUUACUGUAUGGUCCACCAGGAUGUGGAAAGACAAUGUUAGCCAAGGCUACCGCAAAAGGAGCAGGUGCUAGAUUUAUCAAUCUACAGAUAUCAUCGUUAGUAGACAAAUGGUACGGAGAGUCUCAGAAGAGAGCAGAAGCUAUUUUCUCCUUGGCUAUGAAAUUACAACCUUGUAUUAUAUUUAUUGAUGAAAUUGACUCGUUCCUUAGAUCUCGAACCUCAACAGACCACGAAGCUACUGUGAUGAUUAAGACACAGUUUAUGAGUUUUUGGGACGGUUUAAUCACUAACCCGUCUUGUCAAGUCAUGGUGAUGGGGGCUACCAACAGACCUCAAGACGUAGAUGCAGCUAUAUUACGUAGAAUGCCCAGUAUGUUUCAUGUUGGGUUACCGGGGAAGAAACAGAGAGAAAAUAUAAUAAGAUUAAUACUAUCAGGUGAAAAUGUAGACGAUGAUAUAGAGUAUAACACACUAGCUGAACACACGGAGAGUUUUUCUGGCAGUGAUUUACGAGAAAUCUGUCGAGCAGCAGCUGUUUCUGUCGCACACGAAUUUAUUCGUAGUUCGGGUUUUAAUUCAGAAUCAGAAGGAAUGAUGCGUGGAAUCAAUAUGAAGGACCUGGAAAGUGCGACAAAGAAAGUUCGACAAACCAAGUCCUUAUCGACAAGUUCACCUCUUAAUUUUCAUCUAGAUUGA